UAAAUUAGUGACUGUCCUAUGGACAGAAGCUCACAAGUUCAGACUUUUCCUCUACCUUUUGAGGACAUCCUCAUUCACCACAUCAUUCCAAGUGACACAGCUGUGAAGGAGAGGUUGUUGACCUCCACUCUGUUAAAAGGGGUGCUGACAUUCAGCCCUUUACCGUACACAUGGGCACGAGGGUUCAAGCUCACGUCGAAUAGCUGGUCAGUAACUCGAUGAGAGCGGGGGUGUUCGAACUGGGCGCCGCAGUCAGUAGCCACUGGCACCAACCGCUGCAGUUGAACGUUGGAUGACUCCAUUGUAAGGCAAGACGCUCAGUGCUGCGCACUGUUGUCACUUGUCACUAGAUGAUUCGAUAGAGACUCAACAUUCUGCUUCCUUCCAACGUUAAAUUUGCUGGAAGAUACGCUUUUCCGACGCAACCAUACUUUCUCGUACAAAACUGGCACGACAGUUGUCAGCUGUUCUCUGCCUGGUUGCGUGAUUCAUAUUCGGAUUCACUAAAUGCUUUCUUUGUGAUACAUAUUGCAUUUCAUCUCGUUCAGCAAAUCUCAGACAAAAUUUGUUUAUAUACAUUGGCUGCAUCAUGGAAAAGGGCCGUCACUUUCUAACGUCAUAACAUCAAAAAUAUCUGGAAAUGUUUAGGGACAUUGGCUGAGAGAGACGGAGUUUCUAUUAUCGAGUAAAAUGAAUCUCCAAACGCUUUUCCAAGACUUUAAUCCCAGUAAAUUCCUAGUGCAUUCAUGUCUCAUGCUUUUCACGGCUUUGUUUGCCUUGAGACUGGAUGACACAAUCAAUUGGAGCUAUUGGACGGUAUUUGCACCAAUAUGGUUCUGGAAAUUGAUGGUUGUGGCGGGAGCCACUGUAGGAAGUUAUGUGUGGUCAAGAUACCCUCUGUCAAGGCUGGAAGGCGAAGCAUAUGUUCAUUACAAAGCUAUGCUCAUCAGCUUGGCACUUCAUCUAGUUCUGCUCAUGUUUGAGCUUUUGGUUUGUGACAAACUGGAAACUGGACGUCAUCUUUGGAUCCUUGUUUUCAUCCCUCUCAUAUUUAUCUCUAUUGUUUCAAUUGCCGUUUGUAUAUGGGCUGCCAAACAUGACCGUUCAUUUGAGUUGGAGCUGUUUUGUGCAGUUAACAUACUCCAAUUUAUAUUCCUCGCUCUUCGUCUAGAUGGUUUUAUAUCAUGGAGCUGGGAAGUUGUGUUUGUUCCACUUUGGAUCGUAAUGUGCUUAUCCUUAGUAGGAGUAUUGUACUCCAUCAUUUUUGCCAGCAUUUUACUCAGGACUCCUGAGGUCAAUGCUCAACAACGACGAUCGUCUUUUAAUUCUGCUCUUAGCUACACUUGCCUGGUGUUGCCAAUCCUCAUAUUUCAGGUUUUGUUAACUAAUAAGUUAGAUGAAGACAUAUCCUUAAGUUUUCUGGCCGUAGUGUCACCUUUGUUCAUAACUUUCAUCACACUUAUUCUCAUGUCAUUUGGAUCCAAAGGAGGAAAUAAAUGGUGGUUUGGAAUUCGAAAGGACUUUUGUGCCUUUCUUCUAGGCCUUUGUCCGUUUUUGCAAGAGUAUGCAAAUAUAGCGUAUAGUGUUCACAAUGUGGAUGAAAAUCGGGACCGAUCUAGUGGAACAGCCGAUUCAACUACUCCAUUACCAACUCCAGCACCAACUCCUCCAGCUUAUGAACUACGUGACAAGGCACAAAAACGACCAAAUAAAAAAAAUGACUUGAUGAAACCUGUCGUGCCAUUUAUAUCAAUAGACAUGCCUGAUUGACCAUGUAAGUUUAUAUUUAUUCAAGUGCCUCAAUUGAAAUUUGUUUUGUAAAAUUCUUUAUUUUAAUGAGAAAAGUACAAUGCUGGUGCAAGCUGUGCCAAUUGUGAUUAGCUGCUAAUUCUAGGUUUGGAAUCAUUUCUAUGUGAUAAAUUGCUGUUCAAUGGUUCCUUUGGGUUCAAAUUGGAAAUCAGCCUAGAAAGUCGUAUUGUUUUGAGUGCAGGUUUGAAUUUUCCAGACCUGUAAUCCAGCACUUGUGACAGGUGUACAAUCCAGUAGGUUUAAAAUCCAAUAUUUCUCUUGAAUUAUGUUCAACCUUCUUAAUUCAUUCUUGAGGCUAAAUAUAUGAAAUUUUUAGUGUAGGCCAGUUCCUUGCUGGCAUUAUUGUUCAGUGUUAGGUGCCCCUAAAUAGUCACUAUUGCUGGGGUGACCUGGGCCAUGACCAUUUUGGUUUGUCAUGUGUUUUAAUGUGUGACACAAUUCAACUUAAGUUUUGUGUUUCUUCGUUUAGUUGGUAACAACUUAAGCUAUCAAUUUGAAAUUUUAAUUGUCAUCAUGAAUGAAAGUGCUUCGUGUGUGUAUUCAUGGAGACACCAUGUGUCUUUAGCUUUACUGUAUGUUAUAUUGUUAUAAGGGAUGCAAAUCCUUCAAAGACUGGUUAACUUGAUUGUUUAUUUUAAAAUUAACUUUUAAAUGAUCCAACCAACAUUUUUGUAAUGUGGACGUUUGUUUUCUCUUCGUUGGUGUUAAAGGGUGGGAAAUAUGCUGUCUAUAUUUAGCUCUAAUCAUUUUUGUUGAGAGGGUUUAUCAAGAAAUCUAGAUAUGUCGUAAGAUUUAAAUGUUAAUUUGACUUUACUGGGCAUUCUGGUCCAAGUACAGUUGAUAUCCUACUUUCAGAUAUAUUAGGUAUAAACAUUGUUUGAUUCGUUUUGUAUUUUGGGCAUUGUUAUGUAUUUCAAAUUAGAAAUUAUUUUUCAUAUAAGAGGUCACAUAAUGUUUUGUAUUUUAUUGAAGAGAUAAAUUUGGGACUUAUUGUUAUAGUAAUGAAAUUCUUGCAAAGUUGAAAUUUUCAAAAUUUGAAGUUUGAAGCUUUCAGUGGUGUGUUAAUUAACAGUGCUUCCUCAAUAAGUUGUAGACUAAACUUGCUUAUCUCAAUUACGACACAAUUGUGCACUUUUUGUUUAAUGAGAGCACGACAACAAUGUUAAUGAGUUAAAUGUAGCAUCUAAGUUACAGUUGUCACUCUUUUGCUUGAUCUCCCAAAUUGAUAAAUCUUAAGAUAGCAGGCCAAUUAAUGAAUAAAAUACAACUUCAGUACAAA